AACAAAAAAAAUGGCUGAUGCCGAGCAGCGCGAAGCAGCCACCGAAGAGGACACCCUCGGGGCCGAGAAUGAGUAUGGGCUGCAAGAUCUAGCGCGGCUUCCUCUUCUGGAACAAGUUCACCGCUUAUUCCACGCCAUCCAGCACAAGUAUCCCUACAAGGAGACCAAUGCAUGGAAGACUCUGCCACUGGAUCAGAAGAAGAAAAUGCUGAAUUACAUUCGCGACAAGCGGCAACGCAAGCAACAGAGCGAUGCGGAGUCCAAGAGCGAGGCAACUGCUGAUGACGACUCCAAGUCGGAGGACAAGGAGCCUCCAGUGGACCCUGCAAUGGCUGUCAAGUCCGAUCCGUAUCUUAAGAUGCUGCAGCAAAGGAGUUUACGUUCGGCUGGUCCCGUUGAGACUGGAGAAGAUGGAGCUGCUCUACCCAAGCACCCAAAUAGUGCCUACGUUGCGCCUGCGCAGGUGCCACAUUAUACCCAAGUCAAGCCCAAGUAUAAGCCGCGCUGGCAGGUCGCGGAAGGAGAGUUCUUUGAAGAAAUCUGCGUGUGUGGUGUGAAGCAUGAUACCGGCAAAAAAGGCAAGAAGGCGUCCUUGAUGCUGCACACUAUCAGCUCUAUGAUGAGCACGUUCGGUGACAGUACACAAUCCUGUGUGACGGCUGUGGAAGAAGUGCAGGCGCUGGUUGGGGAUCAUAUGAAGAAGGUUUUAGGCUCGGUGAACCCGGAGGUGCUGACAGCUUCGUCGUGUUUAAGGACACUAGUAGAAAUAUUCGAGGAAGAGGCAAUAUAUUACGGACGUUGGCGAGAAUUCCGCGGCGAGACGAAGCAUGAACAGAACGAACUGGAAGAUGUGGAGGAAGAAGAACUUGCAGAGGAGCUGGACCUCUUCGCUGUAUCGGAGACCGACGACGUGUUUAACGAGGCGUUUCUGGAGCGGAUACGCUUCGCCGACGAGCGGACAAAGAAGAUGGACUGGUCUAUCUACGACGUGUUUGCAAGAGGCCGCAAACUGAAUUUCAUGAACAACAAAGCGCAGCAAUUUCGCGAAUGGUUGGGUCUCGGAAAGAUCUCGCGCGCAUCGCUCGAGUUCCUCAACUUCGUUGCUUAUCACAACAUUGGCCGGUUAGUGGAGUUGGCAAUCAAGAAUCGGACAGGUGGAGAGCUGAAACAACUAGAGUCUCCUUUGCUGAAGGAUGACAUCGAGUCCGUGGCGUUGACAUUCCUCCCAGCUCCACCCCUCCCUAAGCUCAUCGACCGACCACCUGCCGCGAAAACUCGACGCGUUGGCGCUACUACAGCGAGCAGCAAGAGCGUCCGCGUGGAACCCCAUUCCAGGAUAGAUUCCGAGGCAAAAGCAUCCACAUCAACAGAGUCAAGCACGAAAACUGAAGCAGUAGGGACAGUCAAGCCAACGAUCGCACCUUCGAUCGUCAGUGCUAGACCUACGCGACUUAAAAGGCUGCGUUAAACCCCUGCAGUAGGACCUACCGAACAAUCCAUUCAAUGCCUUUUAGCAACCUCAACUAUGUUGCCUCAUGUGCACCUCUU